CUGGAUACUGUCGAGCAUGGAUAUUGGACUAUGCAAACAAGGCACAACCGUUGCAAACCAGUGCAACUCAGUGCUUGAAUUUGACUGAUGAUGUGAUUUGGACAGACGAGUGUGAAAAGGCAUUCAUAGAAUUGAAACAGGCAUUAGCUAUGGCCCCAGUUUUGGGAUUGCCUGACUAUGACUUGCCAUUCCAUCUCUUUGUGUGUGAGAAAAAUGGAUACAUGUCAGGGGUGUUGUGUCAGCUUCAUGGGGGAAGAUACAGACCGAUAGCGUAUCUGUCUAAGCAGUUGGAUCCAGUGGCACGAGGAAUGAUUCCAUGCUUGAAAGCUGUAGCAGCAGCAGCAGCAGCUGUAAUAUCUUGUACUAACCUGGUUCUGUUACAUCCUCUCACUGUGCACGUCCCGCAUGCAGUACACUCUUUACUCUUACAAGCUAACACUCAGCAUUUAACAACAUCUCGACUGCUUUCAUACCAGCAUGUGUUACUAACUCAAUCGCAUGUAACUCUGGUACGCUGCUCAGAACUUAACCCUGCCACACUGCUUCCAACUGCAGAGGACGGUGAACCCCAUUCAUGUUGUGAGGUGGUAGCCAUAUGCACCAAACCUCGACCUGACAUUAGCGAAACCCCAUUGUUGAACUCUGAUUUGAUAUUGUAUGUUGAUGGCUCAUCAAUGAGAGAUGAAUGUGGACAACAGAAAAGUGGAUAUGCAGUUGUAAACCCUUUUGAAGUUGUGGAAGCUUAUUCACUCCCCUCUGGCUACUCAGCACAGGCUUCAGAGCUUGUGGCGCUAAUUCGAGCAUGCAUCUUGGCAAAGAACCAAUCUGUUUGCAUCUAUACUGACAGCAGGUAUGGAUGGGGGGUUGUGCAUGAUCAUGGAGCAAUUUGGAGAGAGAGAGGGUUUCUCACAGCAGCUGGCAAACCAAUUCAACAUAAACAACUGGUUGAGAUGCUCCUGAAGGCCAUUCAAUUACCUUCUGCUAUAGCAGUCGUAAAAUGCGCAGCCCACUCACACAAGACAGAUGAAAUCAGCCAGGGCAAUGACAGGGCAGAUUCUGCUGCUAAGCAGGCAGCAAAGGGGGGUGAGGAAAUUCCACCAAAUUUCUUGUCCUGCCCUGAAAUAACACAGUAA